UUAUAUUGACGGUGCUAUACUUGUUUACGAUGUUUCUCAAACCGAUGGAUUAGAGAAAAUAGUCGAACUUUCACGUGAAUAUAUAAACACCGAUAGUAAUUAUGUAGCUAAUGUAAAUCCAAUUAUGAUUAUUGCAAACAAAUGGGACAAAUGGGACGAAAAUAAGCAGAAAAAUAGAGACGAUCUUUUAAAAUAA